AUGCCAUUGCACCCCUCGAUGCGUUUAAAUUUGAAGGCACCUCAUGAUCAUGAUGAUCACCCAGCUGGUGUUCAGCCUCGCGAGGAUGCAGUGACACUUGACAGGUACAAAAUUGAUGAGGUGAUUGAUACUACGGUGGUCAAGGAGCACCCUGAUAUGCCAGGAGAGAAGUUGUACUAUGUGGACCCUGCCCCUGCUGCUGCAUCCACAUCUUCUGAUUCCAGCUCAUAUUCGGAUUCGGGCUCGGAAGAUGAGGCAUCUCCAAAGGUACUGAUAGGAAGCAAAGCUGCCAAGAAAGUUCCACCACCCACACCAGUGGAUUCGGAGACUGGAGGCAAAGCUGCAAAGCAGGUGGGUUCGGAGACAGAAGGCAAAGCUGCAGAGCAAGUUCCACCACCCACACCAGUGGAUCCGGAGAUGGGAGGCAAAGCCAAGCAAGUUCCACCACCCCCAGUGGUAGAGGUGGCAGGCAAAGCAGUUGGAGAGCAAGUUCCACCACCUAUAGCAGUAGAGAUGGGAGGCAAAGCAGUUGGAGAGCAAGUUCCACCACCCACAGCAGUGGCGACAGAAGCUAGAGUUGGUGACCCCAUGCUGGUGGAUCAAGUCCAGGAUCCCAGUAAAGGCAAUUCUGCGAGCAAGGAUCCAGCUGAGGUUGAAGCGAUUUCUUCAGAGGAGGAGGGGGGCGAAUCUGAAAGGAGCGUUCAAGGAUCGGAAACCGUUGGAGAGCGACCCGGCCAAGCUGUCGGAAGAAUUGGUCAAGGCUACUUUAGCCACUUUAACCUUGAUGGGGAAGGAUGCUUCGGUGGAUAUCCUGCAGGCGCAAAGGAAGGUCAGAGAUGCUUUGAAGAACCUGCAGGAACAGCCAUCUCACCCUGCCAGAGAGGAAACUGUGGCUCCGCCUGCGACAAAGAAACGAAAAAAGGAAUCGGAGAAGCCUACUUCGGACCAGGUGAAGAUCCCUGUGGAAGAGGAACAACUCUUUGUCCCAGGGGCUGA